GGGGGCGCGCGCGUGCGCAGGCGACGCGCGGAGGGACGAGGCAGAGCCGCGGAACCGCCGCCAGGUCUGCUCACAGUCCACGCCGCCCGUCGCGCCGCCCGCCCAGCGUCCGCCGCUGCCGCCAUGGGAGUGCAGGUGGAGACCAUCUCCCCAGGAGACGGGCGGACCUUCCCGAAGCGCGGCCAGACCUGCGUGGUGCACUACACCGGGAUGCUUGAAGAUGGAAAGAAAUUUGAUUCUUCCCGGGACAGAAACAAGCCCUUUAAGUUUAUGCUAGGCAAGCAGGAGGUGAUCCGAGGCUGGGAAGAAGGGGUGGCCCAGAUGAGCGUGGGCCAGAGAGCCAAACUGACUAUCUCCCCCGACUAUGCCUAUGGUGCCACUGGGCACCCGGGCAUCAUCCCACCACACGCCACUCUCGUCUUCGAUGUGGAGCUUCUAAAACUGGAAUGACAGAGGAGUGGCUCCUCCCUCAGCUCCCUGUUCUUGGAUCUGCCAUGGAGGGAUCCGGUGCCUCCAGACGCGUGCACAUGAGUCCAUGCGGAGCUUUUCCUGGCGUCCACCACACUCUGUAUAAACAUCUACCCGACUGAAUGUGUUCUGUCACUCAGCUUUGCUUCUGACACCUCCAUUUCCUCUUCCCCCUUCUCCCUGUAUGUGUGUUUACCUAAACUAUAUGCCAUAAACCUCAAGUUAGUCGUUUUGUUUUCAUUUUGGGGUGAAGAUUCAGUUUCAGUCUUUUGGAUCUAGGUUUCCAUUUAAGAAUCUUGACAGGUAUUAACAGCACAAGUGAUGGGUUAACUUUAGAAUAGGAAUUGGUGUUGGGGGUGGGGUUUGCAAGAAUCUUUAUUUUAUUUUAUUUUUUUGGAUAAAAUUUUUAUUAUAUAUUGAACAUUCUUGCUGCUGCGCUGCAAAGCCAUAGCAGAUUUGAGAUGCUGUUGAGGGCUGAAUUAUUCUCCAAUGUGAGAAAUGUCCUUGGGUUAAAUUAAAAGCCCUACCCAAAACUGAAGUGGGGACGGGGAGAGCCUUUGCCUCUGCCAGCCCCGCCCACCCUCCCCUGAACCCCUCUGCCUUUUGAAAGCAGAUCACUUUCACUGCGAUGUUGGACACUACAGGUAUCUAUCCCUGGGCCAGCAGGGACCUCUAAAGCCUUCUUUGUGACCUGGCUGGUUUUGUUUUUUUUUUUCCUUAAUUUCCUUUCUUUCCUCCAUCUUGUGGUUUUUCUAGUGGAUUUUCAGAACUUUUGUAACAUCAAAGCUAUCCAAGUUCCACUUUGUAAAUUCUAAGAACUUUAGUUGAAAGUUUAAAUUGAAGGUGCUGUUUGUAGACUUCAACACCCAAUGAAAGCCGGGCCACCGUGACACAUCCUUGAGUGUUCUCAGAAAAUGCUGCUGGCCAUCGCAGCUUCAGCAUCGCCUGUGUUUUGAUGCUUGGCUCUCUGCUGAUCUCGAAGUUUCCUGGCUUUUUGUCCCUCAGCCCCUUCUUACCCUUCGCUGUCCUGUGUAGUGAUUUGGUGAGAGAAAUUGUUGCUUUGUUCCCUGCUUCCCCCGCACCACAUAUGAGUUUCAAGUUUUACUAUUGCAAUAAAAGUGCUUUAUGCUGGCUUUUCUCA